AUGGCGCGCCUAAACGAGCCGCCUAUUGCGCCGCAGCCGAGCGCAGAAGCCAUCGAGGCCAUCAAACGGCGUUUCUUGAGGCAGAAUCGCGAGCUUGCAAAGACGAAUUCGCAACAAAGCAUUCGCAUUCGCAGCCUCGAGAACGACUGUUCGCGCCUGCUGGCCGAAAACCUUUCCCUUCGCGAACAGGUACUGCAGCUACACAACACUAUCGAAUCGCGCCCUGCAUUCGACCACAUUGAUGCCGUCAAAACACAGCUAGAAGUCAAGAUUCAGGAGCUUGGGGGCUUAGUUGCGGGACUUGCGAAGUUAAAGCGGGGAGGUGAGAAGGGCAGAAGGAGGAGUCAGACGGCUAAGAGAAGGAGUGGGGAGGAGAGACAAUGGAGGAGUGGGCUGGGAUUACAGGAGGUUGAGAACGGCAUGCUUCCUACAAUAACGGAGGGGAAAUACUAUCCUCGAAGGACUAUGGGGGCGGAUGAGCUCCAAGAGAUAUUGGAGGACCCUGACAGUCAGUCGCCAGACAUCGGGCCUCCACCAGUUUCCCGGCUAGAAAACGAAGAACCUAUCGCGUUCAAUCCCUACCCAGCACCCGAAGAACAGCAGGGAGAGACCGGUGAAGACGGAGAACCCGCGCUAUUGGUGAACCUUGAGACGCGGAAGAAGCGAAGAGAAAGCGGACCUAAGCUGAACAUCCGGCGCAUGUCUGUAUUCGAGUCGCCAGAUGAAACAGAACAAGGAGCCACGAAGUUAGUACGAACUGGAGCUAAGCGGAAGUUUAACGUCCAGGAGGACGAGGACAAGAAUCAGUCCAAGGGGGAGCCUUUCAGGUUCAGCCGCCGAAACACCCCAAGUGCUUCGGAAACUGAGGCAUCUAACGAGGAUUCCAGGCCUUCUUCACCGGAGCGACCUGUCCUUGGAAGCAAACCCGUCAAUACCGAUCCAGUUCUAUCGCCGAAGAAGCAACGCCCCUCUCUACAAGAAAAGCCAGAAAAGAACUCCCAGGCCCCCUCAAGACCUCGUGGCCGCCCCCGGCUCAACAUUACUCGCAAUGCAAUCCAACCUGAACUCCUUCCAUUACCGAUGCCUGCGCCUGUCCAUACCGCCGAAGUUAUUCUUGAUUCUCUACCACCUAAGACGCCCGCCGUGGAAGAUAUCUUCUCUCCGCCCUCGACGGAGCCCUCAACGCAACGACCAGAGAGUAAAGAUACGCCGCCUCCCGGGGAUCUCACUUCAUCUGACCAAAUUGGACAAGCAGGUCGGCCAGGACGAAGAGCACGUCCGCAGGUCAGCUACAAAGAGCCUAGCUUACAUACAAAGAUGCGACGCCCGGAUGCUAAGCUGGCAGACGCCGUCGUAGACCGAAGAACGAGCGUAGAACCUGAGACAGCGCCAUCAACAGGAGCCAAGCGUGAGGCAGGAGGCGAUCUGAAUUGGAAGCCCGUGUCCGCGGUUUCUGGCCGUGGCGGCGAAGAGGAAGUUGAGGUGGGAAGUCCACUGAGACAGAAACUAGACAGACGAGAAACGGGUCAGGAUUUGAAGUCUUCGCCUGCAUCAACUGAACCAGAGGAACGGUCUACGGCUUCCAAAGCGAUAUCAGCACUCAUCAAUGAGACGAGUACGGCAAAACGGAAAGCGCCUACUCCAACCCUGAGCGCAUCUGCCACGAAGGUCGUAUCCGGACCCCUCGCCCCGAAAUCCCAUGAGCCUGCCCCAAAGAAAGAGCCCAUACUCAGGCGGGAAGCACCGGAAAAAGACAGCUUGGCUGUCUUCGACUUCACAGACUCGUCACCGGCCGAGACCGCCAAUGACCCGCGUACACGCAUCACCGAACUUGCAAAAGCAGCACGGAAUGCACGGCGGCACUCUGCCAUGCCUGGUCCCCCCAGCUCAACUGCAUGCGAAAAUCGGAAAGCAGAGAAGGCAGAAGGUGCACUUUCGAGCUUGCACAAGCGCACCGCCAGUGGGAAUGUGAGGAGUAGUGGCACCACGAGUUUAAGCAAAAGCAUGAUGGCGAGAUCGUCGAGUGUGAAGGAAAGGAAGAUUGCUACUACUUCUGGUGUCCUACCAGCGAGUGGAAGCACUAUUGAUCUCGGGGCCAAGAUCGAUAUACCAGUGGCACAUGGAGAUGAAGCGAGAGCAAGGGAGAUAGAAACGAGUACAUUGAGGGCUGAGCGAGCGGCUAGUCGAAGGAAGAGCAUGCUGCUGUAA